UUUUGGUUUUUUCAAGACAGGGUUUCUCUGUGUAGCUUUUGUGCCUUUCCUGGUACUCACUUUGGAGACCAGGCUGGCCUCAAACUCACAGAGAUCCACCUGCCUCUGCCUCCCGAGUGCUGGGAUUAAAGGCGUGCACCACCACCGCCCGGCUACUUUUGCUUCUUAACAUGGUGAAGAUAUGCUGCAUCCUUUCCUGAACUUUGGAAAAGAAAACAUCAAAAAUGUUUCAGAUUCCUGUGCAGAAUCUUGACAGCAUCAGGAAGGUGCGGAAGAGGGUGAAAGGCAUCUUGGUGGAUAUUGGACUUGAGAGCUGCAAGGAGCUGCUGAAGGAUCUUAAAGGUUUUGAUCCAGGAGAGAAGUACUUUUAUAAUACAUCAUGGGGAGAUGUUUCUCUUUGGGAACCUUCUGGAAAGAAAGCGAGAUACCGAACAAAGCCGUACUGCUGUAGUCUGUGUAGGUACUCAACAAAGGUGCUCACUUCCCUGAAAAAUCACCUGCAUCGUUACCACGAAGACGAGGCCGACCAGGAGCUGAUGAUCCCCUGCCCCAACUGCCCGUUUGCUUCGCAGCCCAGGGUGGUGGGCAAGCACUUCAGGAUGUUCCAUGCGCCUGCUCGCAAAGUCCAGAGCUACACGGUGAACAUUCUGGGUGAGGCGAAGACAUCAAGGAGUGACGUGAUAAGCUUCACAUGUUUAAAAUGUAACUUUUCCAACACCUUGUACUAUAGCAUGAAGAAGCAUGUGCUGGUGGCCCAUUUCCAUUACUUAAUUAACUCCUACUUCGGUUUGAGAACCGAGGAAGCAGAGCAGCCAAAAGCAAGUGACCCUGUUUCUGUGGAUAAGAUCCUGCCAUUUGACAAAUACUACUGUAAAAAAUGCAGCGCUAUUGCCAGCAGUCAGGAUGCCCUGAUGUAUCACAUUUUGACAUCAGAUGCACAUAGGGACUUGGAGAAUAAGCUGAGGUCUGUGAUUUCAGAACACAUCAAGAGGACCGGGUUUCUGAAACAAAUGCAUAUCGCUCCAAAGCCAGUGACCCACUUGGCCUUACCGCCCAACAGCAGUGCUCGGAGCAUUGCAUCCCCUCCACCUUGCUUCCAGCUUGCUCUGCCACCGAACAGUCAGAGCCCUGGCACUGUGCAGCCAGCCACUGGGGCCCCUGGCACUUCUGGAAACCUUACAAACUCCCCGCCCACCACUGCUCAGUCUCAUGUAGCUCUGGUCUCCAGCCCUUUGCCUGUGUGCCAGAGUAGCCUCACGCUGCAGCCCUCAGCUCCCCCACCCGUCUUUCUCCCUCACAGCGUUCCACUUAAUCAGCCUGUGAGUACUUCUGUGCUGCCUCUGACUCAGCCAGUUGGGCCUGUGAAUAAGUCUGUUGGAGCAAGCAUCCUUCCCAUGAAUCAAGGUGUCCGCCCUGGAGUUUUACCCCUCCCUCAGCCUGUGGGGCCCAUAAACAGACCUCUGGGGCCCAUAAACAGACCUGUGGGACCUGGGGUCUUGCCUGUGAGUCCCUCUGUCAAUUCAGGGGCUCUGCAGUCUGCCUCUCCAGGAGUAAUUUCUGUAGGUCGGGCAGUUCCGUCAGGAGUCCUUCCUGUAGGCCAGGGAACCCCUGCUGGAGUGAUUCCGGGGCAGACGGCCACUUCUGGUGUCCUCCCCACUGGCCAAGUGGUCCAGUCAUCAGUUCUUCCUGUUGGCCAGACAGCUCCAUCUCGAGUUCUCCCUCCUGGCCAGACAGUGCCCUUGAGGGUUCUCCCUACAGGCCAGGUGGUAUCACCUGGGCUGCUUCCCUCAAACCAGACUGUCUCCUCAGCUGUUGUCCCUGUGAGUCAGGGUGUGAGCUCUGGUGUUCUUCAGCUCAGUCAACCAGUAACACCAGGAGUCCUUCCUGUGGGCCCGCCUGUGAGGCCUGGUGUACUGCAGCUCAGUCCGUCUGUCAGCACCAGCAUCUUGCCUGUGAACCAGCCAGUGAGAGCUGGCACCUCACAAAACACUACUUUCCUUACUUCAGGCUCUAUUCUCAGACAGCUCAUUCCGACUGGGAAGCAGGUGAAUGGAAUCCCCACCUACACACUGGCCCCGGUGUCUGUCACUCUGCCUGUGUCCUCCGCUGGAGGCCUUGCAGCUGUUGCACCGCCUUCCCAGGUGCCAGUGCAGUUCUUGCCCUCAAGCUCGGGCACACAGUUGGCUAGCUCUUUGCCCAGCCUGCCCUCCCCACAGGUGCUAGUGAGCCCUGCCCCUAGUGUGUUUGUUCAGGCUACUUCGCCGGUGGCAGAUGCAAGUCAGGCACUCAAACAGGCCAAGCAGUGGAAAACAUGCCCAGUGUGCAAUGAGCUCUUCCCUUCCAACGUCUACCAGGUUCACAUGGAAGUGGCCCACAAGCAGAGUGAGUCUCAGCUCUGCCGGGUCUGCAAUGAGCUCUUUCCUGCUAACGUCUACCAGGUUCACAUGGAAGUGGCUCACAAGCAGGCUGAGUCCAAGUCCGGUGAGAAACUGGAACCCGAAAAGCUUGCCGCAUGUGCCCCAUUUCUGAAGUGGAUGAGGGAGAAGACAGUGCGCUGCCUCUCUUGUAAGUGCCUGGUCUCACAGGAGGAGCUGAUGCACCAUUUGCUCAUGCAUGGCUUGGGGUGCCUGUUUUGUCCGUGCACUUUUCAUGAUGUCCGGGGCCUCGUGGAGCACAGCAGGACUAAGCACCUGGGCAAGAAGAGACUGUCUAUGGAUUAUAGUAACAGAGGUUUCCAGCUGGACCUGGAUGCUAAUGGGAACCUGCUGUUCCCCCAUCUCGAUUUCAUCACCAUACUGCCACGAGAGAAGCUUGGAGAGCGAGAGGUGUACCUGGCUAUCCUUGCUGGAAUACACUCCAAGUCACUGGUACCUGUGUAUGUUAAGGUGAGGCCUCAGCCCGAGGUUUCACCAAAGAUGCCUAGCAAACAGAAGUUGACCUGCCCCUUUUGUUUCGGCACAUUUAUGACUGCUGAUGCCUAUGAGCUACAUCUGAAGGAGAGGCACCAUGUCAUGCCCACAGUCCAUACAAUGCUCAGGUCUCCAGCCUUCAAGUGCAUCCACUGCUGUGGGGUCUACACUGGAAACAUGACCGUAGGAGCCAUCGCUGUCCAUUUGCUCCGUUGUAGAAGUGCUCCCAAGGACAGCAGCUCAGACCUGCAGGCCCAGCCAGGCUUCAUUGAGAGCAGUGAACUGCUAUUGGUUAAUGGGGAGGUAAUCCCUGACUCCACCUUUGCUGUAAAGAGAAAGCUGCCAGAAGGCCACCUGGGGGCGGAAGACCAGAGGGAUGGGGACAAGCCCCAGCUCACUCUAGACACCGUUGCAGUCCCAGGUCCAGAGAGAGGGCUGAAUGCUGUGCCUUUGAAGAGACAAAAGAAUGAAAGCAGGACAGAGGGGUCAGGGGCCAGUGAUGACUCUCUGCAGGUGUUAGCAUUGGAUCCCACUAAGUAUGGAAGUCGCUCCUAUGAGGAAAAAAAACAGUUUCUUAGAGAGUAUUUCCAUAAGAGACCAUAUCCUAGUAGAAAAGAAGUGGAACUACUGUCUUCACUCUUGUGGGUGUGGAAAAUCGAUGUGGCUUCAUUUUUUGGGAAAAGAAGGUAUAUUUGCAUGAAAGCAAUAAAAACUCACAAGCCCUCUGUACUUCUAGGUUUUGAUAUGUCUGAACUAAAAAAUGUCAAACAUAGACUGAACUUUGAGUGUGAAUCACAAAGUCUAGAAGACUCGGUCUGAAGUCUGGCUGACUUGGAUGCCCCCCUGGCCUUGUUCUAAGUGUCUGAGGCCCUUCAAGGUGUUCCAGAUGCUCAGAAAGCCUACUGAGGAAGCACACAGUUCCCAGAAAGUACUGUUAGCUGCAGUUCGGUUUGCAACUGUUUGCGUUUUUCCCUCUGUCAUGUCAAUGAAAUCUUGGGUAUUCCAUGCACGCCUUGUUUUCCCAGGAGUGUCAGUGUCAGUAGUGACUACCUGGAAUCUACAAAUACUUGUUUUUUUCAUUUAGCAAAUUUCUGCUUGUUUAAGAGUACUUGAUUAAUAGAAAAUAAAAGCAUUGCUCAGCCUCAGUUUACAGACAGCAGCUAAUGUCCAUGUUUAGGGAAGUGAGUACUCUGAUGUAUAUGGUCAUACUUUUAAGCAUUAACUUCUGCUGAUUCUGUGAAUGCUGUUUGCUAAGAGUACAAAUUUGAUUUCCAUCCUUUAGGUUUUUCCCUGACAGCUAUUUUUUAAAUGUCAUAACUCAUAAAAAACCAAAUGUUUCCAUUUAUUAAAAAUAUCCUGAGCCCGAG